CCAUUACUCACGUAAAUGUAUUUUUUCGUAGUUAUUAUAUUCCUAUUUUACAUAACUCCAAUUUUAUUGAUAGACACUGAGAGAGAAGAGUUCUGUGAGAAAGUUAAAAUGUGUAUUGAUUCCCGCAACAAACCUGUCUGUGGCAUACGAAGUACUGGAACAGGGUACCGAGUGAAAAUAUUCGAAAAUGAAUGUGAAUUGUUGAAAUUUGGCUGUGCAAUGGAAAAAGACGAAGAAGCCUACGGGAUAGUUAACAUGGAUUACUGCAAACACGCGCACAGGGUGUCCAAUAGCAACGCAACAGGGACGGAGCAAUUAUCGCCAGCGAAAAAUAACAAAUGCUCUGAAUAUAAUUGCGCAGUACCAAUAGAUACUAAAGUGGUGUGUGGUAUCCGAAAAUUUGGUCCUGGAUUUAAAGUACGUUUGUUUUUAAAUGAAUGUGAAAUGAUGAGAUAUAACUGUGAGAAAAACUUCGUGUUUGAAGUUACCGAUAUUUACGUCUGCGACGGCAUGCCUUUGCCCCGUGCUCCUACAAAUAACAUGGUUCCACGGAAGUUGAAUUUGAUAUUAGACAAUGCAGAGGAUGCUAGUGACUUGGCAUUUUUUGGUAUAAAUGAUACUAAUGAAAUAGACAAAGUUGAAAAGACAACUAGUGCUAACAAUGUUAUUGAAAAUUUGAUACUUACGACCGAUGCAGACUUACGUGCUACUCCUUUAAAUAUCAACCAAACCAUUGAAACAAAUGAAGAUGAAGAAAUUCAAACCUCUGACAGUGAGACUCUUUCAACAAAUUUUGACGCAACACAGAGCGCAGGCACAACGGAAUUCUUUGAGCCGGAGACUAUGAACUACGACGAUACUCUAAACACAGACAAAGAAACAAAAGAAACUUUAUCAACACCAGACAGUGUAACUAAAGAGAAAAUUAAGUCGGAAAAGCGACGAAAAAACCUUGUAAUUGUGGACGCAACAUUGUUUGAUGUAAAUGGCAAUGUAAACGACACUAUAGAUAACUUUUUCGCAGCUACACAUAUUUUUGAUCUUCCUUUGAAAGAGGUGCCAAUGAACAGAUUACCAACGAGCACAAGGCGCCGCAUCGUGAAGCUGUUCGAGCCGAUCAAAGUGUUCCAGCCCUUCAUCACGAUCCCCGAGAACAAGAGUACUGAUGUAUGGCACGAGCCCACUCUCGCUUCCUGCUAUCACAAGUGUCCUGUGGAAUGUCCAGAGACAUACGCGCCGGUGUGCGCCGUGCCGGGCCAGGUCGCGCGCGAACCUAGUGUCAUGUUCAAGAACCACUGUUUCAUGGACGCCGCGCAAUGCAAGAUGCGCUGGGAUGACAAGAGUUCCACCUCAGAAAGCUCAGCCUACAUCGAGUCAUCAUUCAUGAUCUGCCUCGGUGACACGUUAAACACACUGUAUCGGUUCUUGCCGCUGGUGCGCACUCUCCAGCAUAUGGGCCGUCUUAAAAAGAAGGGCAAAUACCACUACAAGAUGCGCAACAUGGGAUUCUUCAACGAGCUCAUUGCCAGAGACCCUAAAGUCAUUGGAUAAAGGAAUUUCAAACCAAAACCUCAACUGAAACAGUAUUCUCUUAACAAAGGCAAUGGGACUGAAAAGACCCUGCGAAACAUUGGUUUCUUUGAAAAAACAAAUGCAUCCGAUUUUUUUUUAUUUUCAAUAUGUAGCAAUUGUGAAAACUAAUCGACAUUUUAUUCAUUGUUUUUAUUUCGUUCAAUAAGCAGUUACCACGAAGAAUCGCUUAUCCUCUUUAAGGUGCCUUUUGACAGAUUUGCUCGAAAUUGUCGAUCGUUAACGUUGAUCGACAAUGUCGAGUAAGUUCGUAGGCACCCGAUCGACAUUGU